UUUUUGCAUAGAAAAAAUAUUAAAAGGGAAGAGAGAGAAAAAGAGGAGAGAGAGAGAGAGGAGAAAGUUCACGCUGUUACGUCAAUGGCGGUUAGGGUUUCCUUUUGAUCCCGCGAAGCUUAAUUCCUUCACUGUAAUUAAUUUCUCUCUCAUUCUCCUUCUUCACAAAAACCCUAAUCUCAAGGCCCCCCGAGGUUGAGUUAUGCCCCUUCCCUGCUUUUGAAUUUGAGGAGCUGAGAUGGGCGCGCCAGAGAAAUCACAGGCUAACGCCAAUUCGAUGCAGCGUGUCAAGGUCUAUCGUCUUAAUGAUGACGGGAAAUGGGAUGACCAGGGUACUGGACAUGUUGUUGUUGAUUAUAUAGAGCGAUCGGAAGAUCUGGGUUUACAUGUUUUUGAUGAAGACGACAAUGAUCAGAUACUUGUGCACCGCAUCAAUGCUGAAGAUAUUUAUAGGAAACAAGAAGAUACAAUUAUCUCGUGGAGAGAUCCAGAAUAUGGUACAGAUUUGGCACUUAGUUUUCAAGAGACUAGUGGCUGCUCUUACAUAUGGGAUCAUAUUUGCAAUGUGCGGAGGAAUAUGCAUUUUAAUACAAUAAAUAGUGAGCCAUUUCACAGCGUCAACAGUGAGUUAAGGGAGUUGCCUGCUGUACAGCUAUCCACACUUCCUAUGAUUCUUAAGAUUGUGGUUGACAGUGGCAUUACAGAUCAGUUGCGGCUUACAGAUCUAAUUUUAAGUGAUCAAGAAUUUGUUCGGAAGCUGAUGGAAGUAUUUCGACUAUGUGAAGACUUAGAAAAUAUAGAUGGCCUUCACAUGAUUUAUAAAAUAGUCAAAGGGAUCAUUUUACUUAAUAGCACACAGAUUUUUGAGAGGAUUUUUAGUGAUGAAUAUAUAGUGGACAUUAUUGGUGCGCUUGAGUAUGAUCCAGAGCUUCCGUGUGUUCAACAUCACCGUAAAUUCUUAAAGGAGCAUGUAAUUUUUAAGGAGGUAAGUCCUCCUGCCUCUUCUCUUCAAGAUGGUAGCUAUAUCUGUAGACGUGCCUGGAAGUUCUACCUUACUGUAUUUUUUUCUCCCUUCUUGCAGGCCAUACCUAUAAAAGAUCCCUUUGUCUUGUCAAAGAUCCAUCAGACAUAUAGAGUUGUUUUUUUGAAGGAUGUUGUUUUGGCUAGGGUAUUGGAUGAGGCUACUAGUGCAAAUCUCAACUCCAUAAUACAUGCAAAUAAUGCCAUGGUUGUUUCUUUGUUGAAGGAUGACAACACAUUUAUCCAGGAGUUGUUUGCUAGGUUAAAAUUGCCUUCCACCUCUCCUGAAUCGAAGAAAAACUUGGUAUAUUUCCUGCACGAGUUUUGUACCUUAAGCAAGAGCUUACAGAUGGUCCAGCAGCUUCGGCUCUUUAGGGAUCUAAUGAAUGAAGGCGUCUUUGAUGUCAUCACCCAGGUUUUGCAAAGUCAAGAUAAGAAGUUGGUGCUAAUUGGAACAGAUAUCCUGAUUCUCUUCUUGAAUCAAGAUCCUAAUCUUUUGCGAUCCUAUGUUGUUCGGCAGGAAGGAAUAACACUUCUUGGACUUCUGGUUAAGGGAAUGAUAACAGAUUUUGGGGACAACAUGCAUUGCCAGUUUCUUGAGAUCCUUCGCAGUCUAUUGGAUUCAUGUACAUUAUCUGGACCACAGAGGGACACAGUUAUUGAUAUUUUCUUUGAGAAGCAUUUGGGUCAACUGGUUGAAGUUGUUGCAGAAUCUUGUCCUUCAGAAAGUAUGGUUGAUGCAAGCAGCAAGUUAAUAGGCUCUAGAAGAAGAGCUCAAUGUCAGAAUGUGACAAAGCCAGAGAUACUGUCCAAUAUAUGUGAAUUGCUAUGCUUUUGUGUCCUACAUCACCCUUACAGGAUAAAGUGCAAUUUUCUUCUUAACAAUGUGAUUGAAAAAAUUUUGCUACUGACACAGAGAAGAGAAAGAUACUUAGUUGUUGGUGCUGUCCGUUUUGUUCGUACUAUACUUUCCCGCCAUGAUGAGCAUCUUAUAAACUAUUUUGUGCGGAACAAUGUUCUCAAACCAAUUAUAGAUGCCUUUGUUGCUAAUGGCAUCCGCUACAAUCUGCUCCAUUCUGCUGUUCUGGAACUUUUGGACUAUAUACGGAAGGAGAAUAUGAAAUCAUUGUUGAAAUAUAUAAUUGAUUCUUUCUGGGACAAGUUGGUGAAAUUUGAGAAUUUGGCAUGCAUUCACUCUCUCAGAGUGAAAUAUGAGCAGUCUAUGGAUAAUGGUGGCACAAAAGAUGCUGCUAAUGUGGUCGAUCUGCGAAGAAGAACUGAUGAGCGUGCUCUGGAGGAGGAGGAGGAACAUUACUUUAAUGAGGACAGUGAUGAGGAGGAUGCAGCCUCUGCAUCCAUUCCACCUAAUCAGAAAAGGGAACGACAACCUAGUUUAUCUAAUGGAGUUGCUACAAGCUAUUCACAAACAAGUCCAAGGUCCGGUGGACUGGUUGACUAUGAUGAUGAUGAGGAUGAUGAAGAUUACAGGCCACCGCCAAAGAAGCAGAAAGAAGCUUCUGAAGAUGACGGGGAAAUGGAGUUUCUCCGGCUCAAAAGGAAUCUGCCUUCAAAGGACAAGGAAUCAGAACAUGUGAAGAAGCAGAAGUCAUUCAAGAAUACAAAAUCUAAAGAUAGUGUUUUUGCUGCUUUGUGUUCAACCUUAAGCCAAGCUGUGCUACCUGGUAACAAAACUACAAACAACGUUCAUACAGGUGGUGCACCAACGAUGAACUCAAGUGAAGACAAUCAGGGAGAGGGGGCAAAUGUUUCUACAAGUAGCUCUGAAAAUAAUAGCAAGGAAGCAGCUGAAGAUAACCAUGUAGAAAAAGAAACCGCAGCCUCCAGAGGAUUUUCUGAUCGCUUGCAUGGAACGUCAGAUAACAUACAAUUGAGUGGAGAGGAACGUCCAUUGGUUCCGCCAAAAUCGUCGCCAGAGAUGACCGUAAAUGGAUCAUAAGCUUUUAGAAUCACAAGCAGGAAAGCAGAUCAUUUGUUCCAUUUGACGUAUAUUGCUGGUGACCGACUGCCAAAGCAAUACCUUUGCCUUCAGGGGGUGAUAAAUUCUGAUUAUGAAUUCCAAUAUUCCAUCGAGGACAUGUGGAGAGAUAUACUGUACAGGCCACUACGGCAGGAAGACAUUAAUACAGCUGCGUGCGAGGAUCUGCUCUUAUCCUUCAGUUUCCUAUUUCAGGCUUUGAGCUUAGUAAUUGUUGCUUUUGUAUAACGUUUCCUCGGACUAAUAAUCUUAUGUUUCUCUCUCCUUUCCCACCCUCUUCCCCUCUCUUUCUGAUUUUUAUCCCCCCAGCUCCUUUACUUUGAUAGCGCCUUGCAGAGGAUCCAGGAUGCGGGUAAGGGGUGAUCAUGUUAUGAUUUCCUUUGUCAGAGUUAGUUGAACUUCGUGAUAUAGGGCACCAAAUAUAUGCCCAACACAGGUUUUCCUAUUUUUUUUUUCAUUUUUGUCAUGGGGUUGUGGAUGUGACGGUGGUAGGGAUAUGUGCAGCGAGUUUGUUGGGUCAAUUUUUCAGUAGUGUUGUAGGGGUCAUCAUCCAUUGUAAAUGUGUAUUCAACUGUUACCUAUGCAAUGGACUUCUCUUGAUGAGUUGAUUCU